UGUCAGAGGUUCUAGCGGGAGAGGAGGGAGGGAGAGUCGCUGGGGAGCCGCAUUGCCCCAGGGCCGAGGGUGGAGCUUUCCCAGUCGGGAAAGGGCUGGGCCCAGCCUACAUGUGAGGGCAGAACAGUGACUGCCAGAACUCCCUUGAGAAGUCGGGGUGUCGCACACUGCCGGUUGAAUUUCCAGGAUCCUUCUGUGACCUGUGAGACGAGGAUUAUUGGGUACCCGAGAUUCCCAGAACCCAGUCCUGUAUUGCAGAUCUGAAAGAGCCGUGAAAGUUUGAGCGAAGAUUUCUCUCUGAACUUCAGAUUUCCGGAACAAGACGUCCAGCUCAUCGCUGGAUCCACAUCCCCAGCCUCGUGCCCUGUCCCGGGUCCCUCGCGCCCGGCGCCUGGCGCCCGAGCGCCCCCGCAUGGCGGGGCCGUGUCCCGGGACCGGGGUUCUAGAACGCGCGGGCAGCUGCUGGCAGGACCCUUUGGCGGAGGCGCUCAGCCGGGGCCGCUCGUCCCCCGCGGUCGCGGGUCGGGGCUGCGCGCGGAGCCGACCGCUCAGUGUGGUCUACGUGCUGACCCGGGAGCCCGGGCCCGGGGUGGAGCCCGGCGCGGGAACCGAGGCAGAGCCGCUGCCGCUGCGAUGCCUGCGCGAGGCCUGCGCUCAGCUCCAGGGCACGCGGCCACCCCCGCAGCUGCGCAGCCUGCCUUUCGCGACGCUGGCUCUAGGUGACACCGCGGCGCUCGACUCCUUCUACAACGCCGAUGUGGUGGUGUUGGAGGUGAGCAACUCCCUGGCACAACCCUCUUUGUUCUACCACCUUGGAGUGCGGGAGAGCUUCAGCAUGACCAACAAUGUGCUCCUCUGUUCCCAAGCAGAGCUCCCUGAUCUGCAAGCCUUGCGUGAGGAUGUUUUCCAGAAGAACUCGGAUUGCGUUGGCAGCUACACACUGAUCCCUUAUGUGGUGACAGCCUCUGGCCGGGUGUUAUGUGGUGAUGCAGGCCUCCUGAGGGGCAUAGCUGAUGGGCUAGUACAGGCUGGGGCGGGCACUGAGGCCCUGCUUACUCCCCUGGUGGGCCGGCUUGCCCGCCUGCUGGAGGCCACACCCACAGACUCUUGCGGCUAUUUCCGGGAGACCAUUCGGCAGGAUAUCCGCCAGGCUCGAGAGCGGUUCAGUGGGCAGCAGCUGAGUCAGGAGCUGGCUCGCCUGCAGAGGAGGCUGGACAGUGUAGAGCUGUUGACCCCUGAUAUCAUCAUGAAUCUGUUGCUGUCAUACCGAGAUGUACAGGAUUACUCUGCCAUCAUUGAGCUGGUGGAGACCCUGCAGGCCUUACCCACCUAUGAUGUGACUGAGCAGCACAAUGUCUGCUUCCAUUACACAUUUGCCCUCAACAGGAGGAACAGGCCUGGGGACCGGGAGAAAGCGCUGGCUGUGCUGUUACCAUUGGUGCAGCAUGAAGGUCCUGUGGCACCGGAUCUGUACUGCAUGUGCGGUCGUGUCUACAAGGACAUGUUCUUCAGCUCUGGCUUCCAAAAUGCUAGGCACCUGGAGCAGGCCUAUUACUGGUACCGCAAGGCUUUUGACGUGGAACCCAGCCUGCAUUCUGGCAUCAAUGCAGCAGUACUCCUCAUUGCAGCUGGGCAGCAUUUUGAAGACUCCGAGGAGCUCCAGUUGAUCGGCAUGAAGCUGGGCUGCCUGCUAGCCCGCAAAGGCUGUGUGGAGAAGAUGCAGUAUUACUGGGAUGUGGGAUUCUACCUGGGAGCCCAGAUCCUUGCCAAUGACCCCAUCCAGGUGGUACUGGCUGCGGAGCAGCUGUACAAGCUCAAUGCUCCCAUAUGGUACUUGGUGUCAGUGAUGGAGACCUUCCUGCUGUAUCAGCACUUCAGACCCACAGCGGAGCCCUCGGGAGGACCCCUGCUGCGAGCUCACUUCUGGCUUCACUUCCUGUUACAGUCCUGUCAGCCUUUCAAGACAGCCUCGCCUCAGGCGGACCAGUGCCUGGUGCUGGUGCUGGAGAUAAACAAAGUGCUGCUGCCCGCCAGGCUCGCCAUUCAGGGGACAGACCCAGUGAGCGCAGUGACCCUAAGCUUGCUGGAGCCUCAGGAGGAUUCUUCCAGCUGGACCCUCCCGGUCCCCUCCAUCUGUGGGAUCAGUUCCUCCAAGUUGGACCAGCGCUGCUGCUUCCUGUAUGCACUUCCUCCGGCCCAGGAUGUCCAGUUGUGCUUCCCCAGUGUAGAGCGAUGCCAGUGGUUCUGUGGCCUAAUUCAGGUCUUGGUGAUGAAUCCAGAUUCCUCAGCACCCACGGAGGAGACAGAGGGCGCAAGGGAGGUGCUGGAGUUUGAUUAUGAAUACUUGGAAACCGGUGAGCGGCUCGUGCUAGGCAAAGGCACGUAUGGAGUGGUGUACGCCGGCCGUGAUAGGCACACGAGGGUGCGAAUAGCCAUCAAGGAGAUUCCAGAGCGGGAUAGCAGGUUUUCUCAGCCCCUGCAUGAAGAGAUCGCUCUUCAUAAACGACUACGCCACAAGAAUAUAGUGCGCUAUCUGGGCUCUGCUAGCCAGGGUGGCUACCUCAAGAUCUUCAUGGAGGAAGUGCCUGGAGGCAGUCUGUCCUCCUUGCUUAGGUCAGUGUGGGGACCCCUAAAGGACAACGAAAGUACUAUUAGUUACUACACACGUCAGAUCCUACAGGGACUCAGCUAUCUCCAUGAGAAUCGCAUUGUGCACCGAGACAUCAAGGGGGACAAUGUAUUGAUCAACACCUUCAGUGGGUUGCUUAAGAUUUCUGACUUUGGCACCUCCAAGCGGCUGGCAGGCAUCACACCUUGCACAGAGACUUUCACAGGGACUCUGCAGUAUAUGGCUCCUGAAAUCAUUGACCAGGGCCCACGAGGCUAUGGGAAAGCUGCUGACAUCUGGUCUCUGGGCUGCACUGUGAUUGAGAUGGCCACAGGCCGACCACCCUUCCAUGAACUAGGGAGCCCGCAGGCUGCUAUGUUUCAGGUGGGCAUGUACAAGGUGCAUCCACCAGUACCCAGUUCCCUGUCAGCUGAGGCCCAAGCCUUCCUCCUCCGGACUUUUGAACCAGAUCCCCACCUCCGAGCCAGUGCCCAAGAGCUGCUGGGCGACCCCUUCCUGCAGCCAGGGAAGAGGAGCCGGAGCCCCAGCUCUCCUCGACAUACACCCCAGCCCCCAGGCACCUCUUCCACUGGUCCCAGUCCUUCAGCUGACUCAGCCACCCAGUCUCAGACAUUCCCAAGACCCCAGGCACCCUCUCAGCACCAACCCAACUCCCCAAAGCGCUGCCUUAGUUAUGGGGACACCAGCCAGCUCCGUGUGCCUGAGGAGCCCGCAGCCGAGGAACCCGCAUCCCCUGAAGAGAGUUCGGGGUUGAGUCUGCUGCAUCAGGAGAGCAAGCGCCGGGCCAUGCUGGCCUCGGUGCUGGAACAGGAAUUGCCCACACUGGCAGAGAAUCUACUGGAGCAGGAACAGGAUUCUCGGCUCAACAGGAAUCAUGUGGAACAGCUGCUUCACUGUCUCGGGACACAAAUCCACACUCCUAACCGCAGGCAGCUGGCCCAAGAGCUGAGAGUCCUGCAAGCUCAGCUGCGGGCCCAGGGCCUGGGGCCUGCACUUUUGAAUGGGCCGCUCUUCGCAUUUCCAGAAGCGGUGAAGCGGAUCCUCCGCAGACGCCAGAUCCGCCCACACUGGAUGUUCGUGUUGGACUCGCUGCUCAGCCGCGCAGUACGGGCGGCGUUGGCUGUGCUGGAUGCGGAGAUGGAAAAGAAAGCGGUCUCAACGAAGUCAGAGGAGUGGAGUAAAGCGGAGUCCCAGCAGAAACCGCUGGAGAGCCAGCAGCUACAGAGCCAGCUCCCACCAGAACAGGGGCCUCCACCACUGACCGUGCAGCUGGGUCUCUUGCGAGCCGAAACUGAUAGGCUUCGAGAUAUCCUGGCUGAGAAGGAACGGGAGUGCCAGACCCUGAUGCACCAGGCCCUACAUCGGCUGCAUGCAGAGACCAAGUCGUAUGCCCGGGCUUCAGAGACCCCAGCCACUCUCUCAAAGGACCAGAAUCUGGUACAAUGGCUACAGGAACUGAGUGUAGACCCAGCCACUAUCCAAACGCUCCUGAGCCAUAGCUUCACCCUUCAGACCUUGCUCACCUGUGCCACCCAAGAUGACCUCAUCUACACCAAAAUCAGGGGAGGGAUGGUAUGCCGAAUUUGGAGAGCCAUCUUGGCACAGCGAGCAGGAGCCACACCAGUUACCUCUGGCCCCCGAGAGGCUGAAUGAUGCCAUCAAAGGACACAGCCAUGGAUGGAUGAACAGAGAAGACACAAACAGCUUCUGACA